AUGCCCAAAAAGGGUGAUAAGGGAGCUCCCGGUUUCCGGUCGCGUAUGAUAGACAUCCGCAGAAGACUGGAAAAAGAGGAUCAAGGAAGAGAUCAAGAACUCCCCCGUGUUAUGAGAACACAGUUUUCAUACCUUGAGAAGACACUGAAGCCCAGAGAAAACCCUCUAUGUGUUUUCCAGUGGAUGCUGUUUGAAGGCGUCUCUAAUUAUUUUUGGCCGGGCUCAGUGAGACCAGGCAACCAGCCAUCAAGCUUCCGAAGCUUGAGACCAUAUGUCAACGUGUGCCAGUUCUUUAAAGUAGAUCCAAAUGUGAUGCCGUUCCCUCGUUUAGUCGAAUUCGUGCAGCACAACGGCGACCCUCCUUUUGGCUGGGCAAAGAAGCCUAAAAAAAAGCUAAAGCAGGAACGAUUGUCACGUCAGCAGAUGAACGCAUCUUCGAACAAUAUGGGCGACCCGAUUGUGCUACAUGCUUCCUCGAUCCCUUCGCCUCGCCCCGUAACAGCUCAAUGUAUCACAAUAACAGUUGCUCAGCCUCUCGGGCCCGUAACUGUCCAGACGAACUCUUGUCAAGUUCCACGAUUAGUAUUGGACGACGGCAUUGAAAUGACCAUAGCCUCUCCAAAUAUCACGACCUUCGCCAAGCCGAAAGUUCCAACUCUGUCAUUUGCUUGUCGACCAGGCUUUUUGAAGAACAAAAAAGAAAACUGGGUUCCUGCCGCCGGAAUAACGCCAGAGCCUUGCGGAUUCGUUUCAGAACCUUUGCAAAUUGAUCGGUCAGCAGACCAGCAAUCCGCCACGAGUGUUGUUUCGUUCACAAGGGCCUCAGAGAAGGAUGUGGAAGCUUUCCUUAAGAGUUUCCUACGCCGUGAAGAAGAUAUGUCUAGUGAUCUGAAUGAGACCUCGUAA